GAUGUGUUACUUCGGUAAACAGUAAACAAUACAUGAACCUUCCGUUUGUUCACUCCGCUGCCGUGUCACCCUUCCUUCUCGUUGGCGCAGCAAGCCAGCAACGAAGGAAACUGAACACUGCAACCGGCACCACCGCCAUUGCCAGCACCGUCACCAGACCCGGUGCCACGGGAUCGGCACUAACACGGGGUGGUAGGAAAUUGAGGACUCAAACUCUGUCUUUCCUUCUGCAACUUUAGCAUCAUGGGAAGAAAUAUUCUCCCAGUCCUCUUCAUUGCGUUCCUAUCUCUCCUUCCUUUCUCCUCUGCAGAGAUAACAAACUUACAGAUCUACGCGGACUCACGCUCCAUGAUCCUCUUCGAGAAAUUCGGCUUCACCCACACCGGUCACGUUACCGUGGAGGUCAACGAUGUAUCCUACACCUCUUCUCUGUCCCAACCCGACCCCUCUCGGUUCGGCUUCUUCCUCCUCUCGGAGGAGGCCCUCAUUCAGGUCCUCAUAGAAGCCGAGCAGAACCCUAAUUUUUGCGUCCUUGACAGCCACUACAUUAUCUCCCUCUUCACAUUCAAAGACCUCUUCACACCCCAGCGCACCUCCUUCAACAAUUCGUACAACAUCACCGACCCCAAUGAAUACAGUCUCUUCUUCGCUAACUGCGCACCACAGAGUCAGGUCACCAUGACAGUUCGUACUGAGAUCUACAACCUUGACAACGGCGUCAAAGACUAUCUCCCCGCAGGUCAGACCCAGCUCCCCAUGCUCUAUUUCUUCUUCUUCCUGUCCUACUUAGCCUUCUUAGUGUUUUGGAUUUACAUUUGCUACACGAACAAGCUCUCAGUCCACCGGAUCCAUCUCUUGAUGGCCGCCUUGCUCCUUAUUAAGGCCUUGAAUUUGAUCUGCGCCGCUGUGGAUAAGCACUAUGUCAAGAUCAGUGGUACCCCCCACGGUUGGGAUGUUCUGUUUUAUUUGUUCCAGUUUCUCAGGGUUGUGUUGCUUUUCACUGUCAUCAUCUUGAUUGGUACGGGGUGGUCAUUCUUGAAGCCGUUCUUACAAGAAAGGGAGAAGAAGGUUUUGAUGAUUGUGAUCCCACUUCAGGUUCUUGCAAAUUUGGCUUCUGUUGUGAUUGGGGAGACGGGUCCGUUCAUUAAGGAUUGGGUAACUUGGAAUCAGGUGUUCUUGUUGGUUGAUAUCAUCUGUUGUUGCGCCAUUAUCUUCCCAAUUGUGUGGUCGAUCAGGUCAUUGAGGGAGACAUCCAAGACUGAUGGCAAGGCUGCAAGGAAUUUGGCCAAGUUGACUCUUUUCCGGAAAUUUUACGUCCUUGUAAUUGGAUACUUGUAUUUUACGAGAAUUGUGGUGUUUGCUCUCAGAACGAUAUCUGCUUACAAGUAUCAGUGGGUGAGUAAUGCGGCUGAAGAGACUGCAAGCCUUGUUUUUUAUUUGGUAAUGUUUUAUAUGUUUCGACCGGUUGAGAGAAAUGAGUACUUUGUUCUCGAUGAGGAGGAAGAAGAGGCCGCACAGGCAGCUCUUAUGGACCAAGAAUUUGAGCUUUGAACAAGGUUUUGGAGACGAAUUCAUUUAUCCGCCUUUUGCCUUUUACUCUGACUGUAACAUUUUGAGAAUUGGUUGCAUAUUGUGGGUGGAUUUGUUGGUGUAGUGUGCCACUGCCCCAAUCCCAUUUACGUCUCCUUUUCCUGUAAUAAGAACAAUACCUUUUCAAGUUUUGUGUCCUGGAUUGUGGCUAUAGGAAUUACGGAUAUGUCAUAUGUCAUUGUACAAUUCUCUCUCCUCCUGAAAUACAAAGGGACCUUCUGUCAAAUAUAAAUGGUGGUGCUUCUGCUUCAAGUAUAAAUAUGAAAUGCAUGCUUUCUCCGUUCAGAAAACGGAAUCUACUCGUGCGAGUAGAUUUUGCCUCUCAUGUGCAGAUGUUUUGGUUCACGUGUAAACAAAUCUGUUUGUUCGACCAAGGGUUUGGUUCAUGAGCAUACAGACCUUCGAUUCAGGAGAGUUUCGAGGGAAGAACAGGAGAACGACAAGCGUCGAGGAAGAAAUCCAACGGCGAGCUUCGAGGAAGAAAUUGAGGAAGAAAUCCGAUCCGGCGACCUCGGAUGGUUCUGUUUCAGCUGUUCCUCCCGUAGAAAACCCUACUGCUCUUUGAUUUGCUGUUACUGCAACCCCUGUAAGGUUUCUAAGAAAUCCAAUCCGGCGACCUCGGAUGGCUCUGUUUCAGCUGUUCCUCCCGUAGAAAACCCUACUGCUCUUUGAUUCGCUGUUACUGCAACCCCUGCAAGGUUUCUGGAGACGGAUCCGUUCCCUUCCAAGGGACUGGUGCUACAGAUUUACAAUAUAUUUUACAAGCAUGUCUUUGGAGUUGACGUCUUCCAAAAGACCAUUGGAUUGCAACCCUUUGGAGCCUAACGGAAAGGGUCUUCAACCGCAGCACCAAUUACUGAAAAUACCCCCUGGUACUACUGUUUUUCGUGUGCUAUGUCCUGCUUCCAAGACUGCUGGUGUGAUCGGCAAAGGUGGUACCGUCGUAUUUGCAAAUACGCCAGGAAACUGGAGCAAAGGUUAGAAUUGAGGAAAUUGUUCCUGGGUGUGAUGAAAGAGUGAUUGUUAUUUCAGAACCCGAUAAAGAAACAGAAGCUGGUAAUGAGCAGAGCAAAGUAGAUGGUGGUGAAGAGAACAAUGAGGCUGACGAGAGUGAUGAUACAAGGAACAAGAUGAUAACAAUGAAGAUAAAGAAUCUGCUCCAGGGGAAGACUUACAAUCUGAUAAAACAAAUUCUGCUAUGCAAAAGGCCCUCUUUCUCGUUUUUGAAGGAAUGUUUGAAGGAGAACCUGGGACUGAUGGAGGUGAUGAGGAAAGUAAGAAGUUUUCGUCAGUUGUUGUGAGGUUACUUGUGCUCUCUAGCCAAGUUGGGUGUCUACUGGGAAAAGGUGGAAGUGUCGUCAAGCAAAUGUCAGCAGAAAGUGGGGCGCAGAUCCGGAUUCUUCCUAGAGACAAACUUCCUUCAUGUGCAACCCCCCCUUUGAUGAAUUUGUCCAGGAACACUGGCAUCGCCUCUCUGCAGGUGUAGAAUGUCGUCGACAUGGCGAAGGUGAAGAAUCCCAGUCGCUCUUGGAUGCCCUUGGGAGAGUUGUCUAAAUGCCAGAAUAUGGUAGCCAAGAUGAUACCAGUUACCAAAACUGCUCCUUAACGGACCCCAACCAUUUCAUUUGAUAUCUGAUUUGGGGGAUUCCAUUUCAUUGCUUAGAUAUUUGAGAUUGUGAACCUUGCAGAUGAGCUUCUCCCCCCAUUGCCUCAAGGAACCAUUUCCCUCCCAACCAGCUCAAAUUAUCUAGUUAAAGGCUCUGCUGGAAAGAAAUCUCCUGCCAGUAAUUCUGGGAAGCAAGAAGAUGCAAAUGGAACUGUCAAUGAGGUUUCAAUCCGUGAGAGGUUAUUGCAUGAUCAACCUGAGCUCCUGCAGCAAUUUGGAAUGGAUCUUCUUCCUGUUCUGAUACAGAUCUAUGAAUCUAGCGUGAAUGGUCCAGUCCGCCACAAAUGUUUGUCGGUUAUUAGAAAAUUGAUGCAUUUUAGCACAGCAGAUAUGAUUCAGUCUUUACUAAGUGUAACAAACAUAUCAAGUUUCUUAGCUGGUGUUUUAGCAUGGAAAGAUCCACAAGUAUUGAUUCCUGCACUUUAGAUAGCAGAGAUUCUUAUGGAAAAGCUUCCUGAAACAUUUUCCAAGAUGUUUGUGAGAGAGGGGGUGGUUCAUGCUGUAGAUACACUUAUAUCAACUGGUUCUUUAAAUACAGCUACUGUCCAAUCAUCUUCUGUUGAAAAAGAUAAUGAUUAUGUACCUGGAACAUCAUCACAUUCCAGGCACUAUCGGUGACGCAGUGGUUGUUCAAAUGCAGAUGUAAAUCCCUUGGAAGAAUCAAAAAGUGUUACACCUGGCAGUGUUGGUUCACCGCCAGCAUCGGUAGAAAUCCCAACUGUUAAUUCUAGUCUUCGUGCAAAAGCUUUUAAAGAAAAAUAUUUUUUGGCAGAUAGCAAGGCAGUUGAAGUCGGUCUAACUGAUGACCUUCUAUGCUUGAAAAACCUAUGUUCGAAGUUGAAUGCUUGUGUUGAUGAUCAAAAGACUAAAUCAAAGGCUUCUGGCCCUUGCCUAGCUGACCUUUUAGCUAAUACAGAGGAACACUUGAUUGGAGUGAUAUCUUAGAUGCUAGCAGAACUGAGUAAAGGAGAUGGUGUUUCCACAUUUGAGUUCAUUGGUAGUGGAGUUGUUGCAGCUUUGCUGAACUACUUUUCUUGUGGAACCUUUUCCAAGGAGAGAAUAUCAGAAGCUAAUCUGCCUAGGUUUUG